AUGUCAUCAAAGGCAAGUAGAAUGACGGGUAUUCGAGAACAUUUAUCCGAUGACUUGGCACUAAUACGAUCAUCACCCAGCUCAAUCUACCCUGUUGGGUUUCUCGAAGAGACCCUAAAGACGCUGCAGCUACUCUUUCCUGAAUCGGAGUUUGGCGGCACAGGUAUAUCCAAACGCCGACGCUGGUCUUGGUAUCAGAAGCUUCUAUCCAAACAGCCAUGCCCUCCUAUCGACUGGGGGCUUGGAUCCAUCGGAACACUAUCUGCUGAAGCCCGAAGGAUCGAGAGAUUUAGAUUCUGGAGAAAUCGUCUUAUCGGUUGUUUGGUGCACGUUCUGGUUGGCAAUCUUGGUCUUGGUACUCGGUGCGUUGGUAGGCGCGGUUCAAUGCGUUCAAGGCGGCUUACGAGUUUCCAAAUCAUGAACCACUCAAACGUCGGAGAUAUGCACAUAAUGUUCGAAGAAGACGACACGUUUCAAGUCCAGGAUAGCAUUCAAGUUCAUGCUACACCUGAGAUGGGCGAACAAGGCACGAGAGUGCAUCCAAGCAUCGCUUGUGCCCCAGCGACGAUCCCGACAAUCCACAAAAUGACGUUGAAAGGGAAACCGAGGCAUCGGACGACUCGACUCAAGACUUCUCAGCAACCUUUACUCAGCAAGAACCCCAAAAAGGGACCAAUUCAACACAUAGCAGCUGAAGAAAAUCCAAGAACAGACGAUAGCCAAGGCACCAAGCCGAUUCGGCCAACUUGGCAAACCAAAUGCGGCGCCAAACCAUGCCGGCCAUCCGGCGCCGGAGACCAACGGCGACCCAAUUGGUCACUCCACGAAGACGCUCGGGUCCGCACCAAUGUAUCGGAAUGUGGCGGCACCUCGGGAUUCUCCAACGGGGCCCUUCGGUGUGGCUCGGCAUUGGCUGAGGUCCAGCAGCAACAGCACAAGGCAUUGCUUCGCCUUCGGCCGCUCGAGCCGUUUAGCGACUUGGGCGCGCUGGUUGCGGCGUUCUCAGUGACCCAAGUUGCUUCCAUUAUCCUAGUGGUCUGGCAGCACUAUGCUGGGCAGAUGAACGCAUCAAGCAGGCGAUCUAUAAAAACCAAAUCCAAACUCAAAAACUUCCAACCAACACUCAACCUACCAGUUGACAUUACAACUACCAACUACUACAAAGUCGCACAAUCAAAUUACCUGCGGCAGACCUAA